AUACUGGGCAGGGCUAGGAUGCUGACAGUCUGAAGACCCGACAACCCCGCCCCCUCAGCCAUGGCCCCAGCUGUUACUCGCUCUGACUGGGGGCGUGGCACACAAGGGGCGUGGCCGGACCGCACAUUGAAAAUCUCGGCUGUUAGCCCCGCACCGUAGUAUCUCGUGAUUGCAGUCUGAGAGUCCCAGUAUGGAACCCAAUGCUACUGAAGAUCACGCGGAGCAGAAGAGUCCAACGCGGAACCGUCCUUCUAAGAAGCAGCUCAGCACCCCUUCUGUGUUACCGCGGCUUCACGUGCGGCCCUGGUGGUUCCCAGAGCAGGAACUCAGCGAUCCUCUCGUGCUGUACAUAGAGUCCUGGCUGGCAGACGUAAUCUUUGGCCCAAACCAAUCCUUACUCCCCGAAUUAGAGUGGAUAAGCCAGGCUUUGGUGACAAUGGACAUAGUUGACUCUGGCAACUUAGCUGAAAUCACCAUUUUUGGACGACCCGCCGUAAAGAAUCGAUUGAAAAUCAUUCUCUUGAACCUGGUAGCAUGGCACAAAGAAAACCGCCACAUUGUAAGAGCUAUGAAGAUGAAAGAACGUGAGGAAUUAUUGAAGUCCUCUCCCUCCAACUCAAACAACCUGCCUGAGCCAGUGCAGAAGGCACCUGCUGACUGA